AUGUCUACCAAUACUCCAACAAUGCUUCCAUUAACUGUAACAACAACAACACCCAACCAAACCGCAAUCAGUCAAACAGUGCAAAGAACUAAAAACGCAUUCGCAACGCGUCGAAAAAGACGAAAUUUGUGCAGUGAACUUGAACAGUGCAACAGAAAGCGUGUGGUGUCUAAUGCCACAACAGCAACAACAACAAGAACAACACGAAUUGCAACGAGCAAAUUGGCAAAUUAUGCCGACUUCCCAACGCCAACGACUGCGCCACCAACAACGAUGGCGGCAAUGGCAGCAAUGACAACAAGAACAACCACAACAACAAUGCCUGCAACGACAAUGCGUGCGGUAGUGACGCAACUUGCCACAAGGACCGCAGUGUCGCGCACAGCAACCACAACACCACCGCCGCCGCGAUUAUCCACUGCCCCGGCGGCAACAACACCAGCAACACCAUCAGCAGCAGCGGCAACUGGUGCAGCCACCAUGCACCCACGAAGACAUCACUGUCAGCGGCGCGCAACUAUAGCAACAACACCAACAACUGCUGAGGCCCACAACAUAACAACAGCGUUGCCGCGUGCACGCGCCGCCAGCCUCGGCUUCAACCUGAGCACGGCCUUCGCGACCGCUCUCUUCCACACCAGCGUUGCAGUUGCAGCCGCUGCCUCGACACAGACUCAAACGCAACUCAGCGCCGCUGCCAAGCACCAGACGCCCCAGGCACAGGCCGUGCUGGAUAGCGGCAUGCUCUCACAACUGGACUCCAAUGCCACUUCCACGUUGCUGGGCUCAGCGGGCGCCACCAUGACGCCGAGCAAUUUCACGCUGCUGGACGACGCUGGCGCCGAUGGUGUUGAGGGCAUCAACGAUGUCACGAAUAGCAGCGAAUGGUUCGAUGUUGUGUACUUGGUGUUCAAGGCGUCGCUAAUGCUCUUCAUCAUAAUUGCGGCCAUUUUCGGAAACCUUCUUGUCAUUAUUUCUGUGAUGCGAGUUAGAAAAUUAAGAAUUAUAACGAAUUACUUCGUCGUGUCGUUGGCUAUGGCCGACAUAAUGGUGGCUAUGAUGGCUAUGACGUUUAACUUCAGCGUUCAAGUAACUGGGCGUUGGAAUUUUGGAAUAUUUGUCUGCGAUCUGUGGAACAGCUUGGACGUGUACUUCUCAACCGCUAGCAUUUUGCAUCUGUGUUGCAUAUCGGUGGACAGAUAUUAUGCGAUUGUAAAGCCGCUCAAGUACCCGAUCAAUAUGACGAAACGCGUUGUGACCAUCAUGCUGAUAAACACGUGGGUCUCGCCGGCUCUGCUCUCCUUCCUGCCCAUAUUCAUCGGUUGGUACACGACCGAAGAGCACAAGAUCUACGUGAAACGACAUCCCGAUCGCUGUGAGUUCAUCGUCAAUAAGCCGUACUGCGUCAUCUCGAGCUCGAUCUCCUUCUGGAUUCCAUGCACGAUCAUGAUUUUCACGUACUUGGCGAUAUUCCGCGAGGCCAACCGUCAGGAGAAGCAAAUGAUGGCGCGGCAAGGCAACGCGAUGUUGAUGCACCGGCACUCAGAGGAUGCCCGCGCCAGCGUGGGAGUAAGCAACAACACAGGUGAGGCGCUCAGCGGCUCCGGCUCGUCGAAAACUUUGACGCUGCACGAAGUGGAACAGGACCACACACCGACAAAGGACAAACAUUUAAUCAAAAUGAAACGAGAACACAAGGCUGCGAGAACUUUGGGCAUCAUUAUGGGCACGUUCAUCGUCUGUUGGCUGCCAUUCUUCCUUUGGUACACCAUCACCAGUCUAUGCGACUUAACCGCGCCGGACAUUGUGGUCGCCAUACUGUUCUGGAUCGGCUACUUCAACUCAACGCUCAACCCACUCAUAUACGCUUACUUCAACCGCGAGUUUCGAGAGGCGUUCCGCAACACCCUGCAAUGCCUCUUCUGCAACUGGUGGCGGGAUCGCGGUCUGCCGCUCGACAUCGACAUACGACGCUCCAGCCUGCGCUAUGACACACGCGCCAAAAGCGUCUACUCCGAGAACUACUUGAGCGCCAGCCAGCCACCCAGGCGUACCAGUCAACUGGUCGACAGCUUAUAAUACAGCCGGGAUGACUCGCUGUUGUCGGUGACGCGCACACCGCCGCAGCGAUCCACGUCAAUGCAACUGCUGCCAACCCAACAGUCCGUGCAGAUGACUGACUCGACGCCAGUACGCGCUGCCGGCAGUGGCAUGCAUCAGUUGGCGCCACUCCCACUGCCGUCGUAUGUCGGCAAGCGUUUGCUCGAGAUCAAACCUGGCGCUGGGCACGAUUUGAAUGGCGGCGAUAUGCAGGCCAGGGCUGGCGCAGACAGCAGUGUUGGCGACGAUGAUGAACCACAACAGAUACAGAUCGAAAUACCGUUGGCCUAUGUCAAGAAGUGGAACAAAAGCAAUAAAAUGACAACGGCAGCAACAACUGCAACAACUACAACAGCGACAACAGUAACCGCGGCCACGGUCAACAGCACAAGCACAGCGCUGACUACAAUAACAACAACAGUAACAACACCCAAAGGCACUGAAAUACACGAACACACACACGUUUAGGGCAAACUCUAGCACCCACCGACCACUAACUGAGGUGGCGGAAGUAUUGUUCGAGGAAUCCGUGCAGUAAUCGUACAGAACAGGUUCUGCGAUAACUUCGUAUGUAUGUAUGCAUCAAAAGAACGCCGUACGUGUAAAAAAAAGAAAUAGAGAAUUCGUGCUCAAGCAUCCUCCAUUUUAUUUGCCAAAAGUUAUAGUUCUUACUAUUCAGCUCUUCGUAGGAGGCUGGGUAUGUAAUACGGAUCGAUUAGACGUGCGCCUAUCGUUCUCUGAAGAAGUUCAUGGCCCUCCAGCCCUUGAAUGGAGUGAAUACAUGUCUUUAAGUUCCCAGCGGGAUAUGGUAGACAUUGGUAAGCGAGCGAGGUAAACGAUACAUCAUGAUUGUAUCGCUUUCUCCGAUCGAUGAAAGUUAACACGGUGAUGUCCUAGGAAAAGUACAAGAUCACCCUUUUCCCUUACCAUAGGGACGAAGAAUUCUUCGAUGCCAAGGUUAAUAAUAGAAUAGAAGAAAUUGCAUAUUAAUUUUGCCUUAUUUAUGAAAGUGCGUGUAUGUAUUUCGUUAUGAAAAUAAGUAUUUAUGUAUAAAAAGGAAUAGUUUCCUUUAAAUUUUGUGGCUGAGUCUCUUCUCGUUUUUUCCAAGCAACGAGACUUAAAGAAACGGCCUUUGGCAAGUCUUGAUGCUUUACACAUUCUACAAAAAAAGUUGAAACCGUGUGUAGUUAUAAAUUUCCUUCAAUGAUGAAAACACGAAAAACUUACCAAAUAGUAACGCAUUAAAGUGCUUCACUUUCUUCAUUUUUAAUGAGUCUUCUCAUAUGCCUUUUCGCGAAAAGUUUAAACACAAAAAUAAGCAACAUUUUUGAUUAAAAUAGCAGCUCACCUAAACACAACCAACUUUCUGCAAAUUUUCUUCAAAUGCUUGACGAUUUGACGAAAUAAUGAAAAUAUUUUCUUAUAAAUUUUAUUUCAUCAACUUGUAUUUGUUGUUUACAUAUUGUUUUGUAACGUUUUUCACGUACUUACUUGAUUGUAAAUAUGAACGCAGUAGAAUUUAGCCACAAAGGUCACUUUUAUGCAUUACCUGGUAUCGAAGAAUUCUACAUAGAAUUUUCUUCGAAGCAUUCUUCAAAGAAAAAUGUAAGCGGUGAACCAUUAUCCCGCUGGGUUAUAUUUUAAUUCUGAAAUAACAAACCAAAAAUAAUUUUAAAAAAUUAACAAAAAUCGAUAACCAUUAAAUGAUAUUUUAAAGUAGGAAUUUCUUCGUGUUUCGGCUUUAAGCCCACCGGCUUUAUCGGAAUUAAAGCACAUUUGGAUCAAAUUACUUUUCAUAGAAUAGUCGGUAUAUUCAUAUGCUUCGGCAAGUAACAUUUAAUCAUUAAGCGCAAUAAUCAGUAAUGCAAUUUACAAUGCUUUUUCCAGUUGCACAUUAAUCCGCAAGAGCGUCCGUUGAGCUUCCCUCUGCCGCCGUGCAACAUAUGCCAAUAUCAUAGAUAUGCGUUUUUUGCCUCCGAUGCCCAAUUAAUUAGUAAAUGUGCACCUGAAUUAGCAUCAGGCGCGGCAUCUGUGGCAGCAGCUGGCGCUUGCAUCGGCAAAUUUUAAUCAGACAAAAGCUUUUUUGCGGAAAUCAAUCGUCAAACAUCGUCGCAUGCGAAAAAAGGCCGAACACCGUGCACAAACCCGUUAUCGCGCGCACUUUCCGAUAGAAUUUAUAUUUUAUUCAAUAAGCACUGCACUGGCAAACAAAAACCAUUAUGCAAUCACUUGCAAUUAAGCGACGCACAAAAGUGUGUGAAAUUAAUUCUCACCUUCUCCCAAAAGACUUUCGAUCAUUCGCCCUUGUUGAUUUAAACGCUUUCCAAUUGUGUUUAAAGCUAAAAAGCAGCAGCAAAUUUGCUCGUGGCAAACAUUUUUAAAUAUUAUUAUUAUUGAACAACACCGAAAAAAGCCGAAACGGACAAAAACGAUGGAGCAUUUCGCAAAUAAACGAUUUUAUUUUAAUGAGAAAAUUACUUACACACCUGUUCGCCAACACAAUAUAUUCAUACAUUAUUCCUACAUACACACAUAUAGUAUAUAUGUACAUAGAUGUGGAUGCAUACAUACAUACGCAAUAUCCAUGUUUAAGUGAACUGCAAACAAUGUUAAUUAGCUAAUUAAAAAAGAAUGUGAACUAAGAGGAAAUGUAAAUUACAUUGAGGAGUGUUCGCGCAGUGGCCAGUCCGGAUGCGUGCGUGUGUGUGCUGGUGUGCGUUAUUUAACAUUUAAUCAAAAUGUAGCACGUUAACUAUGUGAAAACAUUUAAAUAAUUGAUGAAUAUGCCAAAUGCCAAAUCAAAAUUACUUCAUUGAAUUAAUAUUAUAAAAUGUUUAUAGUUCAUGACUGCUAGGAAUAAGACUUUUUCACUGCGAAUAUAAUGAUUUGUGAGCAAUAAAAACCCGAAAUAAAUCAGCAAACUUUAAACAUUUUUAAAGCCAAUUCGACUCGCUCAACUCUCAUAUUUUUGAUAACAUCAUUUCAUAAUUUUAUUUAUUAAGUUUCGUAGUUUUUCUCUAGUGAUAAUCUUGAUAGUCAUCCAUGCGGUUUCCCAUAAUCUUUCGCUUAUUUUUGAUUUGUGCUCAAGUUUUUAAACAAAUGGUCUUAAUGGGCGGAAGUUGACAUACAACUAAAGAAAAAAUCUAAGCUUCCACAGCUGCUCUAAUACUCAGUUUCUGUAAAUUAAUUUUCGACAAAUACAUACGAUGUGAACAUCGUGCGAAAACGGACAUCGUUAAAGAAGCGAACUUUUCGUUAUUCUUUAUGGGAAAAAGAGGAGUUCUUUACUUUAGCUAUGGGUUCGUACAAGUUCCAUUGCACCGAAAUUACUGAAUUUUUUUCGGAAAACAUAUAAUUUUAUAUUUUAUUUAAAAAGCUCAUUAAAAGCUUUCAACUUGUAUCAAUUCUCAAUCAUCAAUUCAUUUCUCAAAUACAAAAUAGAUAUAAAAUUGACAACAACAGCAAUAAAAAUUAGCGUAUAGAAGCGCUAGUGACGCAGUCAAAUGCUUAGGAGACUUAUAUUAUUUAGCAUUAAUCACUAUACAACUACAAAAUACAAAAACAAACCAAAAAUUAAAAGAAAAAGAAGCAUAAAUAUCCAACAUAUACGAAUGUAAGUAGGAAGAGAAAUGUAAAAAACUGAAUUAGUGACAAUCGAAAGCAAUAAACAUUAGGCAACAUUGUUUGUGUAAUCUGUUUGUACAUAUGUUUGUAUUAGUACCAACUAACUAGUUAUAAAAGUGAAAAAGAGAGACUAAUAACAAUUAACAAAAUUUACGCUAACUAAAUAUUACGAACAUACAUAUAAAUGAGAACACUAGGCAAUUAUACCAAGUAUGCAUAUAACAAUUACAAAAACAAAAACAAACAAAAAUUACCAUAAUGAAAUAUUCAAACAUGUACCAAAUAGAAAUCAAAAACCAUAAGUAGAUUAAUUCUAGUGAAAAUUCAAAGUAAUAAAACCGCGAGCGAUAGAAAAUCAAAUCUCAAGCAAUCCAAGUACGUAACUCACAUAAAUGUUGAAUGUGCACGAGAAGCGAACCGUCGAAACAAGCUCAAAUGUGGACUGUAAAAUAAUCAGAUUCAAAUAUUCAAAAUUAGGCAACAGAAAAAUGUACUUACAUAAGCGCCACUGACUGCUCCGUUGGUGGUGAUUCGAAAGCAAAGCCACGCAACAAAAUACGUAAAGUAGAAGCUCUUCCAAGAAACUCGGAAUUCUGCUAGAUCCAAAAUAUUGAAAUUAAAUUUUCGAAAUCGCAACAAAUCAAAUAAGCAAUAACGGUUGUUCCACAACAACACAAAACAGAGCGUAAGCAUUAAAUUAGCAAUGACAAUGCAAUAAUAAAUAAAUCAUUAGAAUACAAGAAAGACAAUUACCAAAGUAAAUACAAGUAGUAAAUGUGACUUCCAAAUGAGUUUCGAAAACGUUCCUUCUGCUAUUGCUCUGCUGUCUUUUCUGCAAGUUAUGUCGGCACUUUGAAGUCUUCCCUACCGAAAAUGACGUAAAAGCUCGCUCUUGAUUUAGUUUAUCUUUUGCACAAAAAUUUUUUGCUUGGCAUCUUCUUCCGACAAAUGUUUUUAGAGCUAUUUUUGACUUGAAUUCCGCUUGUUAAAAAAACCAUUCCACAAGCUCUCAUUAUAUUUGAAAACGCUUCCACACAAGAUACAUUUAUAAGGCGAUUUCAAUAUACCCUUUGCUAUUUCAUCUCAAAUUGCUAAAAAAUUGCAAUGCCCAGAACCCUUCGAACCCUUCUAUCUUUGUCGAAUAUUUGGAUCGAUGAACUGGUCUUUUUGGCCCAUGUCGAAGUGAAAAUCAACAAACAUACAGCGAACAACUUUCACAUUUUAACGCUCUAUUUAACAACUUAGGAAAACUAUGUGUACAUUUUUGAAAAACAAUAACAUAACGCGGCUUUAUAUUAUAUUUUCCUUCCUUUCAUUAGGUCCAUCUUAAUAAAGUGCAAUAAAUGUGUCGAGUUUGGAAAUAAGAAAAAUAUGUUCAUUCAAACACUCAGAUUUUUUCGUAGAAAGUGUUAAGUGUUUCAAACACAUUGCAAAAUAAAAAUAGAUUUAAACAUCCCAGGCAUUACCGAGAAGUUUGCGUUGCAAUUCCUGGAAUUAAGUUGACUGGGUAGCCAUCAAAGCACGGCUUGCAAAUCGCUUUAUAAGUCAGCAACUUGAUUCCAGCAAAUGCGAUGCCAAGCGAACGACAAAAAUGUGAAUGUGUGUGUGCGAAAAGAUUAUACAUUUUGUGGCAAGUGACUCGAAAGCUUAAUGAAGUGAAAGUUUUGAAUAACGCUAAAUAAAAAAAUCCGUUUUGAGAAAAAUGUUUGGACACAAGUUUCGGCAGUGACAUGUUUUACCGGUUCCAGGAAAACCAUUCGGAAAUAGAAUAUCACUAUGAAUUCUAGUUCUAAAUUGUCAUAUCAGUUUUAUAAUUUAUGUGACGACAGAUCGAAAAAUAAAUAAGAAAUGACCACAUAAAUAGAGCAAGAGACCCUCGGAAAAAAAUUUUAGGAUAAUUUAAAAAUAAUAUAUUAAAAUUUGACAUCCACAAAAACAAGUUGUGCUCGCUUUAUGUAUUAUUUUUUUUAAUAAUUUCAAAAGUAUCAUGUAACUCGGCACGGCCAUCAAUUACUCAAUGAUUCAUUUACGAAAACCGCCGAGUGUGAGUAGUUUGGCCAAUGGAUUACUCGUAUUUUCAUGUAAACAUUUGACAGUUAAUUAUUCGAGUGUUUUUUAGAAAGCUCUAAACCACACUGUGAGUGUGUGUGUUUGCUCACAAUGACAAUGAUUUAUGCAAAUAUUUACACUGGAAAAAAUAGUAGUGAAGUUGGUAUGAGCGCUAAUCAAACAGCUUUCCGCAAAGCGAAGCCAAACAAUUAAAGCGGCACCAUUUCACUAUUGAGCAUAACUUUAUUUAUCAAAUAGUAUUUAUUGUGGAAAUGUUGUGUGAUUACAGACAAACACUUUUCAUCGCGUGAUGCUAGUCGCACUUUAACUAACCAAAUAACCGGUAUAAGCGGUUAAGCAAGAAUAAAUAGGAGAACAAAGCGCAUUCAAUCAAAUUGUUUGAGUUGUACCUUAGGUACGAAGCUAUGCUUCUGUGUAUGUAUAAGUAUGUAUAUAUGUAUACGUAUGUAGAUAUUUUUGUAAUGUACUUUUUAUAACUAAACUUAACUAAUCUGAGGAGCAAAGCAUCCACUAAAAUGACACAAACAUUUGAAAAGUGUAAAAAGUCUAAGAAGUCGGAAAACUUCCUCUGCUCGUUGUACAAAUAUGCGUUCAUUAAUAUUUACUGAGAUAAGUGCAGAUAUUUUUAAGUGUUACAGACAUUUUGUUUAUAUACGUACAUAUGUUAACAUUAAAUUAUUUAUUGCUAUUCUAAUAUAUACACAUACACAUGCAUAUUUAUUUUGUUAGCUGUAAAUUUCUACAAAUAAGUGAGACAAAUUACUAGCAGUGGAGUACUAUUUAACUAUUAAACUAUAAAAUUAGCAUAUACAACAUUGAAUUAGUGAAUAUAUGUGUAAAACAUCAAGAGAAUACAAUAAUUAAUAAUGCAAAACAAAAGGAAAUUAAUUAAUAAAAUAAGGUAUAAAAGAUA